AUGAUUACCGAUCUUAUCACACCAGACCUCGUCUCUCCCGAGAGGUUGGCCUAUGCCCUCUUAGGGAUCCUGGCCGCUUACUACAUCCUCCCAUACCUUGCGACAUGGCGACUGAGUGAUGUCCCCGCUCCAGGUUUGGCUGCGUGGACCAACUUUUGGUUGUUAUUUCAGACUCGCAAGGGCCAUCGGUUCCUCAGCGUCGACGCUGCCCACAAGAAGCAUGGGAAGCUUGUUCGCAUUGCCCCUCGUCACGUCUCAAUCGCCGAUGACGCAGCUAUCCAGGCUGUCUAUGGACACGGAAACGGGUUCUUGAAGGCUGAUUUCUAUGAUGCUUUCGUUUCCAUCCGUCGUGGUCUGUUCAACACCCGCGAUCGUGCGGAACACACCCGCAAGCGCAAGACUGUCUCCCACACCUUCUCUGCGAAGUCGAUUGGUCAGUUUGAGCAGUACAUUCACGGUAACAUCGAGAACCUCGUCAAGCAGCUGAACCGCACCUCCGAGCUCCAGCGUAACCCUAAGAACGGCUAUGCUACCGUUGAUGCUCUGAACUGGUUCAACUUCGUGGCUUUCGAUAUCAUUGGUGACCUUGCUUUCGGUGCUCCAUUCGGCAUGCUUGACAAGGGUCAGGAUAUUGCUGAGAUGCGCAAGAACCCCGACGACCCUCCUUCUUACGUCCGCGCUGUUGAGGUUCUCAACCGCCGUGGUGAAGUCUCGGCCACUAUUGGCUGCUACCCUGCUAUCAAGCCGUUUGCCAAGUACCUUCCCGAUCGCUUCUUCCGUGACGGUAUCCAGGCUGUUGAGAACUUGGCCGGUAUCGCUGUUGCCUGUGUCAACGAACGUCUCAAGCCCGAAGUCAUGGCCAACAACACUCGUGUGGAUCUUCUUGCUCGCUUGAUGGAAGGAAAGGACGCCAACGGCAACAAGCUUGGCCGUGCUGAACUUACCGCUGAGGCCUUGACCCAAUUGAUCGCCGGCUCUGACACUACAUCGAACACUUCUUGUGCCAUCCUUUACUGGUGCCUUCGCACUCCAGGUGUCAUUGACAAGCUCCACAAGUGCUUGGAUGAGGCCAUCUCCAAGGAUAUCGAUGUCCCUACGCACGCUAUGGUUAAGGACAUUCCCUACCUGCAAUGGGUCAUCUGGGAAACCAUGCGUAUUCACAGCACCUCCGCUAUGGGUCUCCCCCGUCAGAUUCCCGAAGGAAACGCCCCCGUCGAAAUUAGUGGCCACGUCUUCAAGGGUGGCGAUGUCCUCUCCGUCCCCAGCUAUACGAUCCACCACUCCAAGCAAAUCUGGGGCCCUGAUGCCGACGACUUCGUUCCCGAGCGCUGGGACCCUGCGCGCCUCACCCCCCGUCAGAAGGCUGCCUUCAUUCCUUUCAGCACUGGUCCUCGUGCCUGUGUUGGCCGUAACGUCGCUGAGAUGGAACUCCUUGUCAUUUGCGCUACUGUCUUCCGCAUGUUUGACUGGCAGUUGCAGCAGGAAGGACCCAUGGAGACCAGUGAAGGUUUCCUACGGAAGCCUCUAGGCUUGACCGUCGGUGUUAAGAAGAGAGCAAUUGUCUAA